AUGGUACAAACGGAAGGCAUUAGCGAGAAGCGGAUUUCCUUGAUUUGUACAUUACGUCCACAAUACGACGUGUUAGAGCCACGUCCAGGCAGCAGACAAGAUAACAGCCCCUCCAGCAGAGCCACAUCCAGGCAGCAGACAAGAUCACAGCCCCUCCAGCAGAGCCACAUCCAGGCAGCAGACAAGAUCACAGCCCCUCCAGCAGAGCCACAUCCAGGCAGCAGACAAGAUCACAGCCCCUCCAGCAGAGCCACAUCCAGGCAGCAGACAAGAUCACAGACCCUUCAGCAGAGCCACAUCCAGGCAGCAGACAAGAUCACAGACCCUUCAGCAGAGCCACAUCCAGGCAGCAGACAAGAUCACAGACCCUUCAGCAGAGCCACAUCCAGGCAGCAGACAAGAUCACAGCCCCUCCAGCAGAGCCACAUCCAGGCAGCAGACAAGAUCACAGCCCCUCCAGCAGAGCCACAUCCAGGCAGCAGACAAGAUCACAGACCCUUCAGCAGAGCCACAUCCAGGCAGCAGACAAGAUCACAGACCCUUCAGCAGAGCCACAUCCAGGCAGCAGACAAGAUCACAGACCCUUCAGCAGAGCCACAUCCAGGCAGCAGACAAGAUCACAGCCCCUCCAGCAGAGCCACAUCCAGGCAGCAGACAAGAUCACAGCCCCUCCAGCAGAGCCACAUCCAGGCAGCAGACAAGAUCACAGCCCCUCCAGCAGAGCCACAUCCAGGCAGCAGACAAGAUCACAGACCCUUCAGCAGAGCCACAUCCAGGCAGCAGACAAGAUCACAGCCCCUCCAGCAGAGCCACAUCCAGGCAGCAGACAAGAUCACAGCCCCUCCAGCAGAGCCACAUCCAGGCAGCAGACAAGAUCACAGAGGUACACAGGCAGCAGACAAGAUCACAGCCCCUCCAGCAGAGCCACAUCCAGGCAGCAGACAAGAUCACAGACCCUUCAGCAGAGCCACAUCCAGGCAGCAGACAAGAUCACAGACCCUCAAUAAACAGUGA